GAAAACACCAGCACCUUCACCACCAUAACCUCUCUCUCUCUCUCUCAUACGAUGAAACCUGAGGAAGUGACACUACAGAGGAACAGCAGCAGCUGCAGAAGCAGCAGAAAGAUCAUCCCAGCAAACUAUGUGAGAUCAACACCACACACGCCGAACACCGACGGUGCAUCAGAGGGGCCGCUUGUCCAGAAAUACGGCGCCGCCGUAUCGUUUACUCGCCCAACCAAACCAAGAAACGUUUCAGUGAUAAUCCGUUCACUCCUCGGCUUUAUCUCACUACCGUCCAUAUUCCCAACCACCACGUGUCGGUGGCUAAACAGUCCAUCCCGUUUCUCUCCGGCACCGUCACUGGGCCGUAAAGUUACCGGAACACUAUUCGGACACAAGAAAGGCCACGUCAGUUUCGUGGUUCAAGAAGACCCCCGGUCUGAACCGGUGAUACUACUGGAAUUAGCCAUGUCCACGUCAGCAUUAGUGAAGGAGAUGUCGUCGGGGCUCGUCAGAAUCGCUCUCGAGUGCGAGAAGGGUUCCACCGGUGGCCGGUCGUCGGUGAAGCUGUUUCAAGAGCCGAUGUGGACGAUGUACUGCAAUGGAAGGAAGUGUGGUUACGCUGCGUCUCGCACGUGUGGGGAAUCGGAUUGGCACGUGCUGAGUACGGUUCAAACGGUGUCGAUCGGUGCUGGUGUGAUUCCACCGGUGGAGAAGAGCAGGAUUAGUAAUGGGAGUGUUUGGGAAGGGGAACUUAUGUAUAUGAGGGCAAAGUUCGAACGAGUUGUGGGUAGUCGUGACUCGGAAGCUUAUUAUAUGAUGAACCCGGAUGGAACCGGUGGGCCUGAACUCAGCAUCUUCCUCCUCAGAAUCUGAGAGUAAUGUAACAACAUAAUAUCGUCGUCUAUAGCUCCACC